AGGUGGCUUUAACCAAGAGAGCGGACCCAGCUGAGCUUAGAGCAAUAUUUUUGAAGUAUGCAAGCAUUGAAAAAAAUGGCGAAUUUUUCAUGUCUCCCAAUGACUUUGUUACUCGGUAUUUGAGCAUUUUUGGAGAAAGCCAGCCCAACCCAAAGACUGUGGAACUUUUAGGUGGCGUGGUGGAUCAGACCAAAGAUGGGUUGAUAUCUUUCCAAGAGUUCGUGGCCUUCGAGUCUGUCCUGUGUGCCCCUGAUGCUUUGUUUAUGGUGGCCUUUCAACUGUUUGACAAAACUGGCAAAGGAGAAGUGACUUUCGAGGAUGUGAAGCAAGUCUUUGGACAGACCACAAUUCAUCAACAUAUCCCAUUUAACUGGGAUUCAGAAUUUGUGCAACUGCAUUUUGGAAAAGAAAGAAAAAGACACCUGACAUAUGCGGAAUUCACUCAGUUUUUACUGGAAAUGCAGUUGGAGCAUGCAAAGCAAGCCUUUGUGCAACGGGACAGUGCCAAGGCCGGCAGGGUCACAGCCAUUGACUUCCGGGACAUCAUGGUCACCAUCCGCCCCCAUGUCUUGACGCCUUUUGUGGAAGAAUGUCUAGUAGCUGCUGCUGGAGGUACCACGUCCCAUCAAGUUAGUUUCUCUUAUUUUAAUGGAUUUAAUUCACUCCUUAACAACAUGGAACUCAUUAGAAAGAUCUACAGUACUCUGGCUGGCAACAGGAAAGAUGUGGAGGUGACCAAGGAGGAGUUUGUUCUGGCAGCUCAGAAAUUUGGUCAGGUUACGCCCAUGGAAGUUGACAUCUUGUUUCAGUUAGCAGAUUUAUAUGAGCCAAGGGGCCGGAUGACCUUGGCCGACAUUGAGCGCAUCGCUCCUCUGGAGGAGGGAACUCUGCCCUUCAACCUGGCUGAGGCCCAGAGGCAGAGGGCAUCAGGCACAGCGGCCCGGCCAGUCCUCCUGCAGGUGGCGGAGUCGGCCUACAGGUUUGGUCUGGGCUCCAUCGCUGGAGCUGUUGGCGCCACGGCUGUGUAUCCUAUUGACCUUGUAAAAACUCGAAUGCAGAACCAACGGUCCACGGGCUCUUUUGUGGGAGAACUCAUGUAUAAGAACAGCUUUGAUUGCUUUAAGAAGGUGCUGCGUUACGAAGGCUUCAUUGGACUGUACAGAGGUCUGUUGCCGCAGUUAUUGGGAGUUGCCCCAGAAAAGGCCAUAAAACUUACAGUGAAUGAUUUUGUGCGGGAUAAAUUUAUGCACAAGGACGGUUCGGUCCCAUUUGCAGCGGAAAUCCUUGCUGGAGGCUGUGCAGGAGGCUCCCAAGUAAUUUUCACAAAUCCUUUGGAAAUCGUCAAGAUCCGCUUGCAAGUGGCUGGAGAAAUCACCACGGGACCCCGAGUCAGUGCCCUGUCCGUGGUGCGGGACCUAGGCUUCUUUGGGAUCUACAAGGGUGCCAAGGCUUGCUUCCUGCGGGACAUUCCCUUCUCAGCCAUCUACUUCCCGUGCUAUGCCCAUGUGAAAGCAUCCUUUGCCAACGAGGACGGCCAGAUCAGCCCCGGAAGCCUGCUCCUGGCAGGCGCCAUUGCUGGCAUGCCUGCUGCAUCCUUAGUGACCCCUGCUGAUGUUAUCAAGACGAGACUGCAGGUGGCCGCCCGCGCGGGCCAGACAACUUACAGCGGUGUGCUGGACUGCUUUCGCAAGAUCCUGCGGGAAGAAGGCCCCAGAGCACUCUGGAAAGGAGCUGGCGCGCGUGUAUUCCGGUCCUCACCCCAGUUCGGCGUCACCCUGUUGACUUACGAGUUGCUACAGCGGUGGUUCUACAUUGACUUUGGCGGAGUAAAACCCCUGGGAUCGGAGCCAGUUCCCAAGUCCAGGAUUGCCCUCCCUGCCCCAAAUCCUGACCACAUCGGCGGAUACAGACUGGCGGUCGCCACAUUUGCAGGGAUCGAAAACAAAUUUGGACUCUACCUACCUCUCUUCAAGUCGUCGGCGUCUACCUCACAGGCAGUCGGCGAGGGCCCGUAG